AUGUAUCAACAAUCCGAGAUCGCCGGCGAUUUGCGCAUUUUAACUUCCAACUCUCCCAUCGAGCGCGAGUCGAAAUUUUGGAUGAGUGGUCUAAACGAAGAGCUCAUUGAGGAACGUUUGAGCGAUUCUAAUUCGACAAGGGAAAUUUGUGUCGCACUCGAUGGAGGCGGGAUCAAAGGAGCCGCCGAGAUUAUGGCUCUUCGAGAAUUGUCUCUCCGCCUUUCAUCAACUUCUCCAUCAAUCACUUCACUCUUCAAAUCAUUCGAUUGGAUUGGCGGAACGAGUGUUGGUGCGGUCAUUGCUGCUUUUUCAGCUCCACGCCAUCAUGAAAAUGAAGACGUCAAAAGCAUACAACUACCGACACUUCAUUUAAACGUGACGGGCGUGGGGAUCUUCCCGAAAAUGCUGCGGAAACUCUUCCAACUUAAAAAUGAAACCGUUCAACCGAUUUUCGUUUUGGAUGAUUGCUUGUUAAAGCCAUCUCUACCCGAUUAUGACAUUUAUGUGGGUACGAUUUUUCUUCCAUUGCUUUUCAUGUUCUUUUCCCAGAUUUUGCUUGCAUUUUUGCCAAAACGAGUGAUCUUAUUCUGCUUCUUGCCCUAUAUGUUUCCCCGAAAAGCCCGUGCUCGUGUGAUUUGGCUCUACAACUUGUGUUUGAAACAUCGUUUGACUGCUCGUGAAGAGGCUCGACGACGCAUUGCUUUCUUUGUCAAAUGGCGAAAAGAACGAAAAGGAGAGAAAGAUGAGGACGAUGAUGAUUUGUGCUUCUGUUUCGCUAAAAACUCAUUGAUACGCCGCGUGAUCGUCAACAAUUUGUACAGGCCAUUUGAGUGUUUCUUAUGUAAGACAUAUCUUCGCGCGUGGCAAACACACAAAUGUGAACAAUGCCCUGCCACAUAUUGCAAAUUGUGUUGGAAAGAGCCGACGGAGAAAUGCUACGCUUGUCAGGUGGAACACCAAGAAGCUGCGAUCUACCCUACG